CGGCAACACCAUUUGCGAUGGACUCGGUGCUGCAGUGCCGGACAUGCGGCGCGGAGGGCGAACGAAACUUCUCCAGCAAUGACCUGGGCGAGAGCGUGUGCAACCUCUGCGGGACGCAGAGUUUCCAGCAGAGCCGCAAUGAGACGCAAGAUGAAGAUGACGCGUAUUCGAAGGGUGGAGCUCGCCCGAAGCGAAUUCACAGAGGUGGGCCGAAAGACCCCAAGAAGGCCAAGCUCAAGCGAAAGCGACAGCUCAUCACACUCGACAACUGUCUACAUGUCGUGCAACGAAUGCUGCACAUUCAAGCCCAAGCGCUGGCGCAGCUCGUUCACGACCCAGAGUUACCAGCGACGGUCAAGUCGUUGUGGUUCCACUUCUUGCGCAUGUGGGAAGUGUCGGCAUCUCGUCCGCUUCUCAAUGUCUUUCUCGAUUACAGCGGAUCUCCCGAAGACUUACAGCAACUUGAAGACAGCGGGUACGAGACCGAGUGGAACUUGCAUCUCAAGAGCACCAUGGACUUUCGAUUGUUCGCAAAGUUCACCUACCGACACCUCCUUGGUCUACUCUAUUUGGCAUGCCGCUCGCGCCAGCUCGGCGUACUCACGAGCGACAUCUUCUUUUGGGUGCACACGGGCCAGGUUCCGUACGCGAACCUUCUCGCGCAACUACCGGCAGAUCUCCAAGCCAGCGUGUAUCCCGUCCGAGGGUACUUCGACACGAGAAAGAAACAAAACACGAUCUGCGCAUCCAUCGUGGCAGAGAACGCCAAUUACUUGCACCACCACCUCGACCUGAAGCUGCCGCCCUUUAACCAUGGCGUCGCCGCGUUGAACUUGUGCCGGUCGUUCCAGUUUCCUGACACGGUGAGGCUCAACCACGUCCGGUUGAUGGCCGAGUAUUACCUCCACGCAACGGCAGAAGUAGUCGAUGAGCUGCAGAUGGCCCAUCGUUACGUCCGAUGCGAAAUCGAUUUCGUUGGGGUCAUGGUCGCCGCCAUCAAGAUGACGCGUGGGUGGAACGUGUGGCAGUACAAUCAAAGCCAUCACCCCAUUCGAGCGAGUCACCCGAGCCAGACGCCCAUGUCUCCCACGACGCGGGCGAGCCGCACCCUCGUCACUUUGUCGACGCACGUGUCAACGACUGCACGAGGGGAGAGCGGCGCUCUAGUGACGUGCUUUCCAGACGACCCUACGCCCAUCCUACGCCACCAAAUCCCAGCGUUCGUUGACAUGUGCCAGCGCAGCCUCAGCACCAAGUCCAAGCUGCCUGUCGUACUGGAAUCCCACCGGGAAGCCUUGGACCGCGUCAGCCGCGACAUGGCUAACGUGGAAACGACGUACGGAGUCCAUCCGGUCGUAGCAUUUGCGCCGCAUUACGACGGCGGGAGACCGCAGCCAACCACUGGGCGGUGGGUGCAGGAUGGAGGAUCGAGCGAUCGAGUGGAUGGCCGCACGGAUGGGACAGAGGACGACGGCACGUACUUUUACCCGAUUUACUACCACUCCAUGCGCAAUUCGGGCCUUGCAGCAUGGCACGGUCCCCUCGAGUUCGUCGUCGACAUGUUGUCGCAGUACGUGGACGUGCCGCCGGGGGUCGUGAGGGAGUCGGCGGAACAGGUCGAUCGCACCAUAAGCAAUCGCCACUUUAGAUCGUGAAACAAGUUGUUUUUCACGGUGAAUUUGUGUGUUUUGGCGCAUCACUCGUCCA